AUGUGGCCCUUCCUGAGCCGCACCACCCUCUUCCCACCCCCCACUGAGGACUGGCUCCAGACAGUCUCCUCGGACCCUGAGGCCCAGGGCUGGGGCGCCUGUGCUGGGGCAGAGAAGACCCCUCUGGAGCCAGAGAGUGUGGGUGGGAGUGAGGCUGAGGAAGCCAAUGUCGAUGCCAGAGACUCGGACUUCUUGCUGUCCUUGUUGGAAUCCAACGGCCUGGCCAAGGGCCCUGAAGCUGACCAGGAGCUGGAGGCCAUCAGGCUGAAGCUGUGGACAAUGGAGCAGGUUCAGGAGGCACCAGAACCAUCCAGCACUCAGGCCAAGGAGGAAGAGGGAGCCGGGGCCAGGCAGCUGCUGCGCUCUGGGACUGUGGGCUGCCCCUUCCCUGGGGUCCCCAGACAGACAGUGGAGGCUGACCACAGAUCCAUCUACGUAGGCAAUGUGGACUACGGCGGGACUGCCGAGGAGCUGCAGGCCCACUUCCACCCCUGCGGGGAGGUGCACCGUGUCACCAUCCUGUGCGACAAGUUCUCCGGCCACCCAAAGGGGUAUGCCUAUGUGGAGUUCACCACUCAGCGCUCAGCCCAAGCUGCAGUGGAACUGGACAAGAGCAUCUUUCGGGGCCGCGUCAUCAAGGUGCUCCCCAAGAGGACCAACUUCCCAGGGAUCAGCUCAACGGACCGCGGGGGACCCCGGGGCCACCUGAGCGCCAGGAUGGCAUCAGGCUCACGGAGCAGCCUCCAGGGCAGGCCCAGGCUGCGACUGCGACUGCAAGGGCAGGGCAGGUAGGAGGGCUGGGGAGGUGAGCCUGUUGCCCUGCAGGGACCCCCAAGACUGCCAGGAGGUGCUGACCUUGACCUGAACCCUCACCCUGUGUUCCGUCUUGCAGGGGGCACGGGGGAUUCUCCAUGUGGUUCUCACCAUACUGAGACACCCAACAGGUCAGGAGUCAACAGCUGUGUUCCCUGAGGACCGCUUGCUCCACACAGGCCGGGUCUGCAGCCACAAGUCACACAGCUGCCCAGUGGGCGGCUCCAACUGGGGGCCUGGAUAGCUGGGCGGCUGAGGCCAGGAGUCGGUGCCCAACCAGGCUAGUCCUCAGCU